AUGGAAGGAAGCAGCUCCUGCGAGGUCCCCCCCGGGUCUGCUGGUCCGGAGAGCGGACCAGCUAGGGGCACCCCUGCUCCCCCCUCCAGAGAGGUUCACAAGGGAGCUCAGGGGCUCAUCUUUUCUUCCUCGUCGGUUUUAGACUUGAGUCAAAGUGGUCUUCACCACUUAGGAGAGAUCUUUAAAAUUCCCAGCCUCGAGCAACUGCAUCUUCAAAGAAAUGCCCUCUGCGAGCUCCCCACAGAUUUCUUCCAGUUGCUGCCGAACCUCACUUGGCUGGACCUCCGCUGCAACAGAAUUGAAGCACUUCCUUCUGGGAUUGGGUCUCACAAGCAUUUGAAAACUUUGCUUUUGGAAAGAAAUCCUCUCAAAAUGUUGCCUGUGGAGCUGGGGAAUGUGACCUCGCUGAAAGCACUGAACCUGAGACACUGCCCGCUGGAGUUCCCCACUCCGCUCGUGGUGCAGAAGGGACUGCGUGCGAUCCUGGCCUAUCUGCAGAUCUAUGCCGCCCAGCACUUCGCCCUCCAAGAUUUAACUUCUCAAGUGAUUUCGCCAAUUACAACGAUGAACCGAAGUGAGCUGCCGCAGCCCUCGUUGUAUUUGUCUGAGGAGGAAACUGUGCCCGACGAAGACGCCAUUCCUUCCCGGGAGGCGUCCUUUUUCCCGCCUGUCGAGAAGCUAGACCUGAGUGAGCUGAGGAGGUCCGCCGACUCCUCGGAAGACUGGCCGGGCGAGGAGGAGAUCAAGCGCUUCUGGAAGCUGAGGCAGGAGAUCGUCGAGCAGGAGCGAGCAGAACUGCUUGAAAACCAGCUCUUGCCGCUGGAGCUGCCCCCAAACCUCAGGGCAGCCUUAAACACGGAGGAGAAAGUGCAUUCCAGCCCGAGACACGUGCUGAGCACGGGCCCUCCGAGGGCGAGUGUGUCUCGCCGGGGCUGGGACUGUAGGAAGAAGCUCCCCUCUGUCAGGAGUGUCCUGCCGGCCCUGGCACCAUCGCUGCAGCGCGCCGGGCUUCCCACCAGGAGGCCCCAGGAGACCGGGACUGCGGCCACCCGUGAGCACCGGGAGAAGCAGGCGGAGACAGGGCAGCGGAGACGAGACGAGCGAGUGCUGCGGGAGUUGCGGGAGCACGCCCAGACCAGGAGGACGGCGGAGGAGGCGCCGAGCGAGCCCCUGCCUUGGUGGCGGAGUCUGGUAACGGGAGGACACGCGUGUUUCCGAAGCCGGUGUCGUCGGGGUCCUGGAUCCUGCCUGCGUGGCCCAGGCCCCAGGUCCUCAGAGCGCCAGGCGGGCUGGGACUGCGGCCCUUCCCACAGAAUCCGCGUGCGCUCCGAUACCUGCACUCGUGCGCGGGAGACCUUUCCCGGGAGACAGCAGAACCUUUGGUUCUCAGACUCAUCCUGGACCCAAACCCGUUGUCUGCGGAAACUGUUAGAGCGACGGCAAAGCCAAAGCAACUUCGAAGGAGGCCACACUUCCCACCCUUCACCUCGUCCCCGCGCUGGGGCGGGCUGCCCUCUGCUCCUGCCCGGCGUGCACGCCUGCUGCUGUCGCGGGGUCUUCGCGGUCCGCGUCCUGUCCCCUCUGUCCCAUAAACAUUCAAAACUCGUGUUUCGUCAUCUUCAGAACAGACUUGCACAGGCAGACACUCUAAAGAACAUCUUCAGAGCUUCGUUAUUGCAAAAAGUUGGACACUUGGGAAAGUGGGGAGGUGGCCCUAAGCACCCCAGUUACGGGUUACCCCUGCGGCUGCCGGGAAGGACGAGUUGGCCUGGUACCUACCGACUGGCGUUUCUCCCGAGUUCCUACCAGUUAAAACAGCCCAGGUGGAGACAGCGGAGACUCACGCUGGUCUGUGAGAGCGUAUGCUGCGGCCUGGCGAGGACACGUGUGUUCCUUGUCCCCACAAGGCUGUGACACCCUGUGGGACCAGGGUUGCUGGCAUGUCUUAUUCAUAACGAGACCCGGGGAGCACAGCUGAGUCUCUGCAUGCGGGGGUCUCAGGGUGGGGCCCUAGUGGCCUGGCCCCGCGACUGGUCACUGGAGUGGGGCUGCGGCUCCACGCCUGUCCCAGAGCCUCGUCCUGUGCGGCGCUUCCGGAAGCUGUUCCUCAGUUAGGGCCUCUGGGACGGGCAGUGCGCGUGAGCAGGUGUGUCCAAGUUCCACGCGCCACUCUGGCGGGUUCUUCACCCCGUGGGGUGGUGAGAGCCCUGCUUGGCCGGUGGUCAGCCGGCGGCAUGGGGGGCAGCCCGGCCUGAGGGACCGAGCCCUGCUCCUGGGGGGCCUGCCCCACCCUCCGGGGCCGGUGUCAGGAUGGAGCUGGGCUGUGGGCUGCUGGCUGGAGAUGUUACCCCGCGAGCUGGAAGCCGGCCCACGGUGGGCAUGGAGGUAAGGGUUCCGGGAGCCGUGGGUGCCAAGCCUGGAGAAAGCGCCCAGCCGCUGGCCUCAGCACAGGGCAUGCUCUCGUCCGAGCUGACAGCACCUGCCCAAGGGGCCGCCGCCCCGCUGCGUCCUUGCUCGCCCAGGUGGCCCUCGCCUUGCCGAGGCUACAACACACUUGACCGCCUUGAUGGGAAUUUCCAAGCACGUGGGACAGAGGAGGGUGACGCAAGGGCCAGGUGCCUCGUGGGGUUCCGCAGACCCUCUCCCCAUACCCCGCAGCUGAGAGAGUUAGACCCACGCGUCCCGUCCUUGCCCCUGCAGACACUUAGUGUGUGUCCUUCAGGGACCAGGACUCAGCACGACCACAACACAGGACCACUGCCAAGAACCACUAGGAAAUAAAUGCUUUCAGACCACCAGCUGGUCCGUGCCCAGUGCUGCCACGUGCCGCUGGACCAGUCUUAGCUCCUGCCCUGCCCUCCCUGAGCCCCAAGACCGCUGGCUCCACUCCCAGCCCAGUGCCCGCACCCCAUUGUCACCCAGGUCCUGCCCGGAAAUAGGACUCUGCACGUGCCCAGCUGUCCCUUCUCAGCCCCUCCCAGCGCUCCCCAGCUCUGCUGGUGGUGGGGGCCCUGCUAGCUGUGGGGUGGGAGCAUUCUGGCCUCCCCCUUGCCCUCUCACGCACCCCUUCUUACCCCGACCUUGCCAAGCCCGACUGCUCCUCUGGGCUUUACCAUUCACUUAGCAGGUGACCUUGAGAAGAGAGAGGCCACCAGAAGGGCCAGUACCGCCCACACUUGCCCUGGUUGUGUCCUCCACCGGCGGAGCAGGGACUUCUGCCAGCUGCCCCCUCUGUGGGCCCACGUCUGCUGCUCCUAGCCUCCUAGGCACUUUGCUGUGGCACACAGACCCCUUCCUUCCACCAGCUUCCCCUGAGACCCAAGGCCGGGGUCCAGGCCGGGCAGCAUUCUGCAGGGCGCCUCCCUGCCCAGGCCCUCCCUUGGUGCCCCCAGCUCCUGGAGGGAGACGUGCUCUCUGCCCCCACUAGCCCCUCUCCUGGACUCUCCCCGGACCACCUCGUUGUCGGGCCCAGCGAGAAGCAGCUGUUUUUGUUCUGCUCAGGUUGGGUGUCCCCAAGGUGCCAGCCUGUCCCUCCUCUCAAGGCUGCGGGACACUCGACACCCCAUCCUUUCAUCCAUUCUGGGCGCUCGGGUCCCUGCCCCCUAUGGCUGCUGUGAACACGGGGGUGCAGACACCUGUUGGAGUCCCUGCGCUCAGCCCUUGGGGGCGUGUGUCCACGGGGCAGUACUGGAGCUGACUUCUUGCAGGUUAACUCCAGUUGGAGACACGACUCCCGUGACGCUCUGCGAGAAGGUCACCCCGUGCUGCAGACCUGGGAGCCACGUGGAGAUACUGAACACAAUCACUGUUGCAUUUUCUAGCCUGGAAACUGAGGAGUGUCUGUAUGACCUGGAACGACAUGAAGUUUUUGUAAAUCAGAAAUACAGAAGUUCUGGGACUGACGAUGGAAAAUUUUAGGUUCAUUAAAAUGAUACUUCUAGAUGGACUGAAAUGCCGUAAAGUCCAAAGAUAGAGGAACAUAUUUGUAACAUGCGUUGAGACAAAAGUUAUCUAUGAAGAGUGACCACAAAUAGACUUUUAAAGAAUCUGGUAGAAAAGUGGGCAAGGGGCAGCCGCCAGGGGAAAGCCGAUGGUGACAGGCAGGACGGAGGCUCGGCCGGCUCAGGCGUCCACGCACAGAGACACACGCCCGUGGAUUGCGCUGUCCUCUACCAGGUGAUCGCCUCCCAGUGAGAGCCAGCCCUGCGCGUCCUCCCCAAGACAUGGCUACAUCAGGCUCUGUGCUGUCCUCGUGUGUCGUCGUCCUCCCACCCCGCAGAAGGGCUGAGGGCCUGCAGGGAAGGGGACGGACAGGGCACCACCCAGCCACCUUGUUUCCCGCCUGGCCCCUAGUCCUUGCUCUCGGCAGAGGGCUGGGGAUCUGGAAAGUCUUUUCCAGGCUCUACAGAGGGUAAAACAUGGCUGCAGCUU